AUGUCACAUUCUGAAGAUAACCUGUCUGAAGAUGAAGAACGUUUUGACGACGCAGACGGAGGCUGGCCCGAGGACGAAGGUGGUGAUGAUCAUUUAGAUCACAAAGGCGAUGAUGAAAAAAAAAGAGACGAGGGAAAUAUGAUCCAAAAGAUUUCUUCUUGCUAG